AUGGAUGGUGAUUAUGAUGAUGAAGAGGAUUGCAUAGAUAUGAUAGAUGAGACACAUGUGGAUGCUAUGCUACCUGCUAGCCUUGUUGCGUGCUUCAUAGGACGCAAAGGUGUCACACAAAAUAUUCUUAUCGCUUGUAAAUAUUACUUGUGCAAUGCGGGGUACACAACUAUACCCGAUUUUAUAUCCCCGCAUUGUGGUGUUCGUUACCAUCUAAAGGAAUUUACGGGGAGAACAUCUCAAAAUAGGAGGGAGUUAUUCAAUCUUAGACAUUCAUCUUUGAGGUCAAAGAUUGAAGCUACCUUUGGUAUAUUGUACAAUCGUUUCAAGAUUCUCACAGUAAAACCCCACUACCCCUUUCCCGCACAAGUUGAUAUCAUUUUAGCAUGCACGGUUCUCCAUUACUAUAUUGCAACAGUCGAUCCAAACGAUGAUUUGCUCAAUAAGACCAUCGACAUUGAAGAGGAUGAUGUUGAAGAAGCAAUUGAUGAAGAAACUAACGUUAUGGAGUUCACGCAGUCCCAAACACAAAGAGAACAAAAUGCCUCAAAAGAUGAGUGGAAGUCUUGCAAAAAUCAAAUCGCUUUGGACAUGUGGAUUGAUUAUUGUAAUAAAUACCAGCAUGGUAUCACCACUGAGUCUGCCUUAUGA